CUUGGAUAUAAAAGUGCUAAGAAUGAUUACAACCUUGUGGAAGAAGGUAUAUGAUGGUGAUUACUUCACCUAUGAGUUGUUUCCAGAAGAGAAAUGGGUGCAAGUGUGGGAACUAUUUAAGGAUGAGGAUGCGGUGAGGGAGGCUUUCUUAAAAUCAAUGAAAAAAAGAUGGAGCAACAACAUGAAGGAUGAGCAAGAUAAGUGGAGGAAAGACGUUGACUACAAAUUGAUAUGGGUUCCAUAUCACUUAUGGCCAAACCUAUGCGCUUAUUAGGAUUCUCCCGAGUUUGCAUGGGAGAGAGUCAUAAGCAACUGAGACAUGAUCGGUCAAUCCUCUACAAGAUGAUUAUGUUUACCAGCUGAGAUUUGAUGCAAAUUACCUGGGUCCAUUUGGGCUCGAAUGAUGGUUGUGAAUAAGGUUGUGUACUCAGAACUUGUUGUAUUCUUGCUUCUUCAUGGAACUACUUUGGGUUUAUUGAUGGAUGAUUUUACUUUGUUUAGACAUUGGUCUAUAUGUCACUUUGGAGUGAAUGGUUUAGAGUAAUAUUAAUUGAAUUCCUCUGAGUUGCAAGCUUAUAAUAAAUAGAAAUGGUCAUA